CGAGCGUCCCGGGCGGCGAGGGGAGCCGGCGAGCGGGCGGCGGGCAGAGGGGCUUCAUGGGCAGCUCACGCCGACAUGGUCCUCGCCAUCAACGGCAGUCACCUCUACGGUAAUCUCCGGCCCUCGGUCCUGGAGGACCCGCGGGCGCUGAGCGGCGGCAGGAUGAUCGCCGGCUCCUGGCCCCCGCGCAGCCUGGCUAAGCUCGGCUCGUCGCCCCCCCCGUCGGCGCUGCCCACGGCGAGCCCCCUCCCCGCAAACGACUCGCAGUGCGGGGAGCAAAUCCUCAGCUACGGCAACGUGGAGAAAGUUGUCAUCGGGGCUGUCCUCUCCCUUAUCACUCUGCUGACCAUAGCCGGCAACUGCCUGGUGGUCAUCUCCGUCUGCUUCGUCAAGAAGCUGCGGCAGCCUUCCAACUAUCUCAUCGUCUCUCUGGCCCUGGCCGACCUCUCCGUGGCUCUGGCCGUCAUGCCCUUCGUCAGCGUGACCGACCUCAUCGGCGGCGAGUGGAUCUUCGGACGCCUCUUCUGCAACGUCUUCAUCGCCAUGGAUGUGAUGUGCUGCACGGCCUCCAUCAUGACUCUCUGCGUGAUAAGUAUCGACAGGUACCUGGGAAUAACGAGGCCCCUUACGUACCCUGUAAGGCAGAAUGGGAAGUGUAUGGCCAAAAUGAUCCUGUGUGUAUGGCUCUUAUCUGCCUCUAUCAGUAUACCCCCACUCUUCGGCUGGGCCCAAAAUGUGAAUGAUGAAAAAGUUUGUUUGAUCAGUCAAGACUUUGGCUACACUAUUUACUCCACAGCAGUUGCAUUUUAUAUUCCAAUGUCAGUGAUGCUUUUCAUGUACUAUCAGAUUUACAAAGCUGCGAAGAAGAGUGCUGCUAAACACAAGUUUGCUGGCUUUCCCCGGAUGGAAGAAAUGGAAGGGAUUUCUAUGAAUGGAGCUGUAAAACUGCACAAGGAAUCUGAAGAAUGUACGAAUUUUUCACGACUCCUAAAGCAUGACAAGAGAAAUAUUUCUAUCUUUAAAAGAGAACAGAAAGCUGCCACUACGCUUGGGAUUAUUGUUGGGGCUUUCACUGUCUGCUGGCUGCCCUUCUUCCUCCUCUCAACUGCUCGGCCCUUCAUCUGUGGUACAGCAUGCAGCUGUAUCCCACUGUGGGUUGAGAGAACAUUUCUAUGGUUGGGUUAUGCAAAUUCUCUCAUUAACCCUUUUAUAUAUGCCUUCUUCAAUCGGGACCUGAGGACAACUUAUCGCAACCUUCUACAAUGCAGAUAUAGGAACAUCAACCGGAAACUGUCAGCUGCAGGGAUGCAUGAAGCUCUGAAGCUUGCAGAAAAGCCAGAAUUUGUUCUGUAAGAUCACUCAUCCUUUGCCAUGAUAAGUUAUUCUUUUAUCUCCACAGAUUUGAAAGAAGAGUUAUGGGAAGAGCCAGGCUUCUUGAGUGGUGUUAAUACAGUCAUCAAGAAACUGGAAGGUAGCAAAGUCAAUGACCACCAUCUAAAGACUUUGGGUUUAAGAGGAAUACUGGAAAGGGGAAUGGUAAAAUGUUUGAGUUGCUAGUCAGGAAAGAGCAAAGUUGACCUAACCCAUUUGUUUGGUCCUUUAGCUCCAAACAACUGAAUGUUGGAUGCAUCUUGUAUCCUAGAGAUUUUUUGCUGUAAU